AUGAAGAUCUUUGAUUUUGCAGCGCACCACGCUGGUUUAAAACAGAACCUGAACUACGCAGUUCAUCCCCAGAUCCUGCAACGCGCUGAGUGGCGACCUGGAGGAACUGGACAUGUCUUUACUGAUAAGUCUACCGACGAACCCUUCAUAGCAUUGGCUGUCGCGCAUAUAGUCGACUUUCGACUGCAAUGCACACCUGCAGGCUCCUACCUGGAGCCUAAAUUUGGAGCUAUAGAAAAAGCAAAGUAUCAGUUUAAUGCCAUAGCUGUGUCGCAUAACAAAAAGGACAUGUUACUAGAUGUGCAGAGUAUACGGUUUGCGAGAAACAUAUUUGAGAAGAGAGAACGCGCUGUGCCGGAUUCACCGACAGCUAGUCGUCGCACCAUCUAUCUAGAGGACUUAGAGAAUCCUUCAGAAACAUCCACCAGCACAGGAGAAGUGCUGAAAAUGGAUGAAGAGACCACCAACUGGCCGGUCGACGAUAAGUUCAGCGACGACUUGGCCAACAUAAAGCCCUUCUACAAAGCUGUUCCACUCCAUGUUUAUGAUGAAAAUGACAAAUUUGUCGAGCCUGUGGAUGUCAACAAAGCACUCUGCAAUGCUGUCGCUGAAAUACAUUUUACACUGCACCACACAUACCUGCCAAAAAACACUCCGCUGCAAGACUCGUUUCGCGCCAAUAUUGAACAAAUCUUGAUACUGCAAGGAGGCAAGAGUAUGACAAAGAUCUAUACGUCAGAUCCUCGUGCAGGUCCUGCAAAGUCCACUACUCACCAUACUCCUCUGCCAGUAGAAGUGCCACCUGCUAAAAGAGCACAUAUGGAAGAGAGCGAAAACACGAAAGGAAAAGAGAGAGCAAGGUGCUGA